ACAUUUAUCAACCGAUUUCCAGCCAACGAUAGGAUUCCAUUUUAUUUGGAUUCGCCGAAAGUGGAGACGACCACCGAUGUUGACGUUUAAACUGCUAGAAAAUGCAAAGUGUUUAUUGUAACUACGGACUCUCUACUGUCAUUACCGACAUUAUUCUUAUUUAUAAUGAUAAAAAACUACAAGCGAAGUGAAACAUUGGACGAUUUUUGGUUUGGAAUUUCAUCAUAUCGACCAAGCCAAGAAACAUUGACAAUGGCAUGCAUUGAACAGUGAAAGAAUUUUUGUAUUUUGUACGGUUAAAUUGGAAAAAAGCGUUGAAAAUGCAACGUUUUGCAAUCAAAAUUGAUAAAUCGGUGAAGGCACGAUUAAAAAAUCUUUGUCGCUUAUGUGGUAUCGAUAAUCCAAAUCAAAUUGAAAUUCUCAACGCAGCGGAAUGGAUUGAUCUAACAAUCGAUGGGGAGAUUUCGCUAAGCCGGAAAAUUGCCGAUUGUGUUGGCAUUCAGGUUAUGAAGAAUGAUAGAAUGCCGCAAAAAAUCUGUGCACUGUGUGUGGAUAAGAUAAACGACUUUUAUGAAUUUCGAGAGAUGUGUCAAGCGACAAACGUUCAAACACGAAAGCUACUGAGCCUACCCGAUCCAACUAAGGUGAAACCACCGAAAAAAGUCACAAUUAAAACCGAUUACGAUGAAAAUGUCGAAAGUAUUUUUGGAAUUGUUGGCGCUGAGAACAAGCCAAAAGUAGAGCCCGUACAAAAGUCGGCGAAAAAAUCGAAGAAAACCACUGCCGCCGCCGCAACAGCAACAACAACAGCCGCCAAUGAUAAUCGAUUCAAAGGUAUGACCAAACGUGAAAUUGAAAUUACACUCGAAUUGGAACGAAUUAAAAAGGAGGAAGAGGAUGAAAAGAAAACCAACGAAACUCGCACAAAAAAUGGCAAAAGGAAGAAAACUGCAGCAAAACCAUCGGAUGCACUGCUUCUGGCACCCAAACAACCAAAUCAACGUGAACGCAUGCGAGAUAUUGAACAAAAGAGAAUCGAAAAGAAACGAAAAUCUGACGUGAAGGUCAAGGUACCAGUAAAGAAGAAGAUAAAAAAGGAACCGGGCGUAUCAUGUCUGGUUUGUGAAGAACGCUUCGAAAAAAUUUCAUUCCGUGAUGCCCACAUGGUGGCAAAUCAUCGACCAACCACUUCAGAGUACGGUUGCUCGAGCUGCCUCGAGCAGUUCGUAUCAAUUGAAGAGUACACCUCUCAUCAUGAAUGGCAUACAAUGUUCAAUGUCCCUCACAAGUGCAUUAUGUGCGGUGCGAUUUACGAGAAACUUAUCACAUUUCAACGUCAUGUGUCGGCAUGCGUUCAUCAAUCAUUCGCAUUGAUGACAUCGUUCUCGAAAAGUAUUUUCUGUGAAUUGUGUAAUCUGGAGUACGAAACACAAAAUCUAUACGAUUGGCACAAUUGUUUUAUCGGUCAAAAUUCACCGUGUCCGAAGUGUCAGCGGAUAUUUAUCAAGAAAACCGUUCUAAUGAAGCAUAUGUUCAAAUGCACUGGCCCCGGUUCCGUGGUUGAAAUGCCGAAAAAAACCGGUCCGACUGGUAAAUCGAAGAAACUUAAGCCAUCUAGCAAAUCUACAACAAACGCGAUAUGUCCGCAAAAUAGCUUCAAAUUUGAACCGGAAACUAUAAUUGAACCGGCCGAUGAAGCAUACGACGAUGCAAUGGAUGACAGCUACAUGGACACACACUUUGGUGAUAGUGACAACGAAUUAGAAGCAAAUGACAGUAUUAUCGCACCUCCAGAACCCAUUGUUGAACCAAGCCCACAACCGGCUGUAUCCAAAACUGAUACACCAAGCUGUUCGAAGGCUAGAAAAAGUACAACAUGUACCAGCUUGAAUGUAAGUGAAAACUUACCAACAAAUUUGAAUCAGCCGAUUAUGGAGUGUCGUGUGAAAUUGGAACCGCUCGAUAUAAGCAAUUACGCGAUUCCAUCUACGUCAACAAGUAUGGAACCCGUAGAGAAUCGACCUCUAACCGUUCCACCGUUGGUGAUCUCACGUGUGCCCCCUCUCACUAUUCGCAUCAAAAAGGAAGUGAUUCAGCCCGGUUAUGGUGAUUUUAACCCAGACUUGGCAUGCAACAUCAAACAGGAACGCGUUGAUGAAACAUAUGAAUUGGCCGGUACUUCUCACAGAGAGGAAUACUCGAUUAGUCACAAAAAAUCAAAACACCGCGAGAAAGAGAAAAAACUGUACAAAAAACCCGCGUUGCUAGCAAUUAAAAUUAAACAAGAACGAAUGGAACGAGACGAUGAUAGUGACAACUAUUAUCAGGACUAUUCAAUGCCGUCGGCCGAUUACAGUGGACCGAUGCCGACUCAAUCGUUUGACAACAAUCCUUUGCCGAUCAUCACACAGAUUCACAGUGUGCUUGAACCACCGACAAUCAGCUCAACGACCAAUGCACAGUCGAGUGAAGCACAAAACACGAUCACAACCAUACCAAUGCGCAUAAAUCCAAUGGCCAAUAGUAUGCCGUUUGUACCGAUUCGCAUAAAAUCUGAAUUCCGAAAACCAUUGACUCCACCGCCGGUGGCUGAAGUGGACAACGAACACUUGGUAAAUAAUUCCGAAGACACAACUACAGAGAACGCCACAAUGGAAAACCAAAUUCAAAAUGAAAACAGUGAAUGUGAUAUAAACCUAUCGUCAAGUAGCGAUUUGAAUCUACAAUCGAACGCAACCAUUGACGAUGCACCCGCAACAAAUCAAGAAAACAAUGGAAUCAAUUCUGUUGACAGUCUCAAUGAAAUUUCGUCGAAUGAAUGUACCACUAAUGCAGGAAACAUCGAACCAGAACCUAAUCGGAUUGAACCGGUUUCCUCUACAGAUGAUAUAAUGCCUGAACGUCAGUUGGAAACAAUUGACGAAGUUAAUUCAACGCCGCCACGAACUGAGAUUGAAAGCCAAAAUGGAAUGAACGAAGACGAACGUCCAAGUGAAAAUGUAUCGAAGAGUCAAGAUUCAUCGCAAAAAGACGAUCAGAAUGAAAUUUAUACCGACGAAAAGGAAAAGGUAACCUCUGAAGUUGAAGUUUCGACGGGAAGCCAUGAAAUACUUGAAGCGCAAAUUGAAAAAAUAACCGACGGAGAAAUCGGUAUAAAUGAAGAGAACAAAGAUUCUACGGCCGAUAACUCGAAUGAUGGAAAUGACGAGAAUAUCGAUUAUGCAUCCCAGGUAGCCACAGCAAAUGAACAAAUCGAAAGAUUUUUGGAUGAAAGGUUAGAAACAGAACCAAAUUUAAUGAAACCGAUUUGUGAUGAUUUGGAUGCGGUGGCCACCAAUGAAAUAAUGUCACCCAUUGAUUUUAUUGAGCCAAAUACAAACGAUGACAGUUUGAAUUUCAUUGAUCAACUGGUGCACGAAGUGGCAGACACAAUGGUGCCACAAAUAAAUGAUGUUGAUAAGGCUGUUGAAUUGAAUGCAAAUAUUCCACACGAAUCGUCAAGUAAUCGAAAUAUCGCACAACAGCUCGAGUAUAAUGCCGGUUGUUCCGAUGAAAAUGUUGAAAAUGUAGCAAGCAUCGGUUUCGAAUCCCAUUCGAACACGAUUUACAAGUCCGCAGAAAAUGAUACUCUGUUAGCAUUAUCCGAUAUUGACUAUACUACCGAUUUGUUACCUACUACUGUACUAAAUGCUGUCGCCGAACCCAAACCCGAACCCGAACCCGAAUCCAAAACAAAUGGAAACAAUGUCCACACAAAUCUACAAUUCAAUCUAACGCCCAAUGCUGACGAAGCUCAAUCAGUGGAGAUCAGUGCAUUGAGUGAAGCUGAUCCAUCAAAAUUACCGCUACAUGGCGCAAACAAUCAAGAAAACUUGUCAAAUUAAUCUCCGUUUGGGCGCAAAUACACAUACAUAUUAUAUACAAUUGAAAUAUAAAACAAAAGCAAACUAUUAUUUUAAUGAUGACGGUUAUUAUUAUUAUUAUUUUUUAUUAUUUUAAACUUGUAUUCAUUUUUCACAGAUCAUUUUCCAUUUUAUUUGUUUUUAAAAUUGUAAAAUGUCAAAAAAGAAAAAUAAUAAAACACUUUGUGUUUGAUGAUACUGAA